CCACUGGCUAGCCCAGCUAGCUCAGACAUGGCACCUUGCCCUGUCUUUGUAUACCAGAAAAGCGGGUGUAAAUGCACAUUUCCAUGUCUGUCAUCUCCGCUUUUCACUUUCGGCUCCAGAUUCGCCGACACUAAAACUUCCCCGUGCAUAAUGCGAGCAUCGGCUGUUAUUCUUAAAAGGACAAGAGCCAUCCUCUAACCCUAUUUCAGCAGAAAAAAAAUCACCGCCAGAUUCUUGCAGUCAACUCGUAGUGAGUGCAUGGUUUGCGUGGCGAGUUGAAGAGGCUACCUGGCUAGCUUCGAGUCGACAGGCUGGUCACAGUCAGGUGUGGGUGGUGACACCGGCAGGACGUACCAGGGACCCGUAGUGUCUUGCUGUGUGACCUUGGAGGGGCCCCUCAGGUCUGCCAACAGCCCUCCACCCCCCCGCCCCCCUCCUCUCAGGACAGGUUGGUUCCUCUAACAGAUACAGAGGAGGGAGCAGGAGGGAGGAACUGAGGAGUUGGAGGAGGAGGAGAAGGUGAACUCCCGUAACCAGAGCAGUAGAUUAGGGAAGAGAGGGAGUUGAAAGUGGAAGUUGGAGGGAGAGAACAGCGUGAGGAGAGGGGGGAGUGGUAGACUGCUGAGACCUGAAUAACUUGGGCACUACAGCGAGGCAGAAUUAGAUAAGCAGGAGGAGUAGGAGUGAAGAGACUUUUAACUCACCAUGACAGAGUUGGAGACUGAGUGUCUGAGCCUCGGGCUGACGCACUCCAUGCCGUCCGAGUGCGGCUCCCCUCCCACGCCUCUGGACCCCUCCCUGCAGGUCGACUGUGCCCCGGGGCCUGCCGGCGGCGCCCGCACGCCCACGCUGGCCCUCCUCUCCUCCGACUGCCCCACGCCCACCCUCAGCUCCCUGGCCGCGGAGAUCGCCGAGCCGCUGGUCAUGCUGCCGUGCGUCAAGAGCGAGCCGGAGGACUGCGAUCUGGAGCCGAUUCGCACGGUGGACCUGUCGGAGAUCCAGCCGCUGUCCACCGCCGAGCUGGGCCAGGACCAGAUCAAGAUGGAGAUCAGCGGCCUGGACUACAUCAAGUCCGAGCACCACUGUCACCAAGGCAACCACCACCUCGGCCCGUUCCACCACACGGACGUCACGGAGCUGGACUACAAGUCCCACUACGAGCCCAGCCUGGUGUUUGACUACAUCUCCCAGGUGUCAGACACUCUGGAGUACAUCAAGUCGGACCACCACGUGGACCUGCAGUGCUACUACACCACAGAGCUGGGCCUGCUGAAGACGGAGUACCCCGAACCGAACCUCAUGUCCAGCCACCUGCAUCGCUCCGACCUGCACCACAACGGCCUGGAGUCCAUCCACAUGGCCGAGCUGCGCACCGAGCUCAACAAGCUCAGACCCGACCCCAUGCUGAUGGACGGCAUGGGCAAGCUGGACCCUGAGUUCGGGGGCGGCGGGGGUCUGUACGAGCUGCAGCCGGCCGAGGACGGGAAGCCCGGGGUGACGGCGGUGGGGGGGCAGGGCGGCGGCGGUACCGGAGGCGGCGGCGGAGCUGGGACGGUCAUUACUACCAAGACCCAGAACCCCACGGUGAGGAAGCCCCGCAACAUGCAGGGGGAGAAGCCCUUCUCCUGCACGCAGUGCGGGAAGAACUUCAGCACGCUGGGAAACCUGAAGACCCACCAGCGCAUACACACUGGGGAACGGCCCUACACCUGCUCGCAGUGCGGCAAGAGUUUCGGCCAGGCUGGGAACCUGAAGCGGCACCAGCUCAUCCACACCGGCCAGAAGCCGUACGUGUGCGCCCACUGCCCCAAGGGCUUCACGAAGGCCGACGACCUGCGCUCCCACCAGCGCCUGCACACGGGCGAGCGCCCCUUCUGCUGCGUGACCUGCGGGAAGAGCUUCAGCCAAUCGAAGGAGCUCAAAGCCCACCAGCUCAGCCACACGGGCGAGAGGCCCUACUGCUGCCAGCACUGCGGCAAGAGCUUCACCAAGGAGAUGAGCUAUCGCAACCACCUGCAGAUCCACACGGGCGAAAAACCCUUCAGCUGCUCGCAAUGCGGCAAGACUUUCAGCAACUCCGGCGUCCUCAAAACCCACGAGAAGAUUCACACGGGCGAGCGGCCGUUCGGCUGCACGCAAUGCGGCAAGAGUUUCGGCCGCCUCGGGCACCUAAAGGCCCACCAGCAGAUCCACACGGGGGAGCGGCCCUUCGCCUGCCCCAACUGUGGAAAGACUUUCAGCCAGUCAGGCCACCUCAAAGCACACGAGCAGAUCCACAAACGAGAGCGAGCGGACACGGGGAGCACCAGCAGCAACGGCAGCAGCAGCAGCUGCACCAUGGGCAGUGACAGUAGCUAAAAAAAACAAAAACAAACAAACAAAAGCAACUCAGUACCCUUUAACCUCUUGGAAAAAAGUAUUAUUCCUCUUUUUUAUAAAUACUAUAUAUAAAUAUAUGUUUUUUUCCUUAUGACUUUUUUCUUACAUUUUUUCAUACCUUUUGUGCUCUUUUUUGCAUUAUGUACGUGGGAAGGGUCAACUCUGACUGAUUUGCUCUUAUGCAAGUGUCUGUGUGUGUGUAUGUACAUGUUAUGUACUGUGUGUCUGUGGGGUGGGUGUGGUUACUGAGGGUCUUGUAGAUAAUCUUUAUAACUGGUCUCUCUGGUCUGUCUGUACUAUAGUGAGUGUAGAGGUGCACCGAUACCAAUUUUCUGCAGGACCAAGUACGAGUACUUAUUUUCUAAGUACUCGCUGAUAAAGAGCACCAAUAUUUUGAUGACCAAGUUUGAGUAUGUAAUUUUUUUAGUACUUACCCGUACAGGGCACCAGCCUUUGGCUACCCGGAUGUGAGUUCUAAUAGCAAUUAAAAGUACUCCGUUAUGAGUACUUUGUGAUACUGAACACCUGUCUUUUGCCAACCAGGUAUGAGUACUUGAAUACUUGCCACUACAGAGUGCGAGUCCUUCCCAAACGUGGACACUUGCAAUUCACUCUGCUGUUACACUGACCAGUUGCAAACGUGAUAACAUCAUUUUUUUAAUAUUUGCCAUUUUGAAAACUUAUAUCAACCUAUGCAGUUUCAGUCGUGCUGCAGACGAGCGUGAGAAAGUAUUCUUUAAACAGGCUGCAACUUUAAAAAGCAAACAAAAAAAAAAAGAAAAGUGAUAACAUUCCUUUGUUUUGUAGCAGAAUUAAUGAAAUCAUUCCAGCAUCAUCAGGUAGCGUUGUGCUAACACUCAGUUCUCAGUGGGCCUCACCCACAUCAGGCACUUCAGCCGGGUAUCGGUGCACCGCUAACUGAGUGCCAUUCCCCGACCCCGACCCGACCCCGACCCGACCCCGACCCCCAGUCCAGCUCCACCCUCCCCGUCCAGCGAUCGCUCACUGUGUACAAAUCUUCUAUUGAUAACAUGUAAUUCCUAAAAAAGAAAGCAAGCAAAAAAAAAAAAAAA